UGUUGACGUAUUAUACGUCUUCUUCUUCUUAUAGAAAUAAUAAUAAUGCCUUCUACACUUCGAAGGUCUUACUCAAAAUUCAUUUUUACGCAGUUCCGUCUAAGAUACUAAACGCACCACAAACAUUAUGACCACGCCUCCGACGUCACGUAAGGACAACCAAUCAGCUUCUUCAAAAUAUUCAGCGGGAGAAACUGAACAGGAUGUAGAGACUGACUCCGAGGAAACUCUAAAUGUUGUCAACAAACGUUAGGUUUGUCCGGCAGAAUAAUGAGACGCUCAGCAGCUCCCAGCCAGCUCUUUGGUAAUGCAGUGAAAAAGCCUAGAUUUGUGCCACCUGGUGCAUCUACUGUCAUUGAUUCCAAGCUCCUUUCCCCUAAACUUGGAUUAGGCAAUGCACUGGAAAAGAUCCAAAGAAGCCUGGCAGCACCAGUACCUAGUACGACCGGUGGUGAUAACCAGCUCAAAGCUGCACAGCCUGCUCCAGCCUUGUCCAGGGCUCUGGCUCGUGUUCUCAAUGUGACAGAAAGCAAGGAAAAUGAUGCCAAGCCGGAAUAUCCUGAAACUGACACAGACUUUGCAGAAAGAAAAAGAUUAGCAGGAGUGAGCGAUUCUUCUCAGUUGACUCCUGGGUCUCCUCAAACCCCACGGCCCUCUGCAGGCUCUGUUGGAGCUGCAGGCGUGGACUCUGUCUGCAGUCAGGACGGAGCGUGUUACUUCAGUGUGAUGUGGUGUAAAGCCAGUAAGAAGAAACACAAGAGGUGGGAGGGUGAUGCCGUUCUGGUGACGAGAGGACGCACAGUCACACUUAAAGACAUGGAAGGAAAAGACAUUGGCAAAGGUAGUGGCUACAAGGUGUCUGUGUUGGCAUCUCUUUCUGAGGGAGAGACACUGAUGAUUGGUGGGAAGGAGGUGGAGGUGAUGGGGGUCAUUUCUGCUGAGGACUAUGCCAAGGGACGCUGUUUCCAAGAGGUCCAAAUCGAGGAAGAGGAGCCACACACAAAGUCAGCUCCACCCAGUUCUCGCCGAUUUGCAUCCAAACCGUUCUGCCCUCCAACACAGGCAGGAAGAGCUGAGCAUCCAGGAGUUAAACCAGAGCAGGAACAAACCAUAAGACCUCGCCAUGACCCUCAAGCUCCAGGUGCACUGGUGAUGCCUCGACCCUCUGCCAACCACCAGUGGUCUAAUAACAAGUCAGGGCUUCCUGUGGUCGAUGUUGUCGUUGACCCACAUCUGACCACUCACCUGAGACCCCACCAGAGAGAUGGCCUGCUUUUCCUCUAUGAAUGUGCCAUGGGCAUGAGAGCUGUGGGUCGACACGGUGCUAUCCUGGCUGAUGAGAUGGGUUUGGGGAAGACCCUCCAGAGCGUGGCACUGUCCUGGACGUUGCUGAAGCAGGGGCCUUAUGGUGGAAAACCAGUUGCUAAGCGUGUCUUGGUGGUGACACCUGGCAGCCUCGUGCAGAACUGGGGAGCAGAGUUUAACAAGUGGCUGGGCCGUGAGAGGAUCAGUGUUUUCACUGUAGAUCAGGACCACAGGAUAGAGCAGUUUGUGUUAUCUCCUCUGCACAGUGUUCUGGUGAUCAGCUAUGAGAUGCUGCUACGCUGCCUGGAGCAGGUACAAAAAGUGGAGUUUGGCCUUGUCAUUUGUGAUGAGGGUCACAGAUUAAAGAACAGCAACAUCAAAACAUCCUCUGCUCUCAGUAGCCUCAGCUGUAACUGCAGGGUCAUCCUUACAGGCACUCCAGUACAGAACGACCUGCAGGAGUUUUAUGCUAUUAUAGAGUUUGUUAACCCAGGGAUUCUUGGGUCAUCAACUGCUUAUAGAAAAGUGUAUGAGGAACCCAUUCUACGCUCCAGACAACCCUCCUGCACGGAGGAGGAGAGGGUUUUGGGAGAAGAGCGAGCAGCCGAGCUCUCUCGCCUGACUGGCAUGUUCAUCCUGAGGCGGACGCAGGAGAUCAUCAACUGCUACCUGCCUCCUCGUCUCGAGUGGACGUUGUUCUGUGACCUGUCCUCUCUGCAGCUGGAGCUUUACAGGCAACUCCUAUGUCAUCGAGUCUUCAGAGCCUGCCUUCAGAGCUCCACACAGACUCACACACACUUGGCCUGCAUCACUGCACUGAAGAAGCUCUGUAACCACCCUGCUCUGCUCCACUCCACUGUCAAGGAGAAAACCGACCGCAGGUCAGAGGAGAGUUCAAUGUAUGAUGGAUUGGCAGAACUCUUUCCAGAAUCCUACUCUUCAGGAGGAUUCAACACAAGUGAUUCUGGAAAACUCCUUGUUCUGUCAGACCUGCUGGCUGCCAUCCAGCAGCUCAGCCCUUCAGACAGGGUGGUCGUAGUGUCCAACUACACUCAGACGCUUGACUUGCUCCAGGACUUGUGCGUACAUAUGGGCUACACCUUCUGUCGACUAGAUGGACACACACCUACCAACCAGAGACAGCGGCUGGUGGACAGUUUCAACAGCUCCUACUCUCAGAACUUUGUGUUUCUGCUGAGCUCUAAAGCAGGAGGAGUGGGGCUUAAUCUGAUCGGUGCUUCACAUCUGGUGCUCUACGACAUUGACUGGAACCCUGCCAAUGAUAUUCAGGCCAUGGCUCGAGUAUGGAGAGAUGGACAGAAGAAGACUGUGCAUAUCUAUCGUCUCCUCACUGCAGGAACUAUUGAGGAGCGUAUAUUCCAGAGACAAGUGUCCAAACAGGGGCUUUCUGGGACUGUGGUUGACCUGGGCAAAGGGGCGGAGCACACCAGCUUCUCCACCAAUGAACUGCGAGAUCUUUUCAGCCUAACGGACACGCCCUCUCUAACUCACGACCUGCUGAACUGCAGCUGCAGCAUGGACGGGUCAGUCCCAGUCAUCGUAGAGGAGGAGGAGGAGCAGGUCAGUGAUCGGCCAUGCCAGCUUGGUCGUCAGGGUGACCGUGGAGGAGCGGUGGCGCCGAAGCAUCUCAGUAUGUCCGAGCUUAUGAAGUGGAGACAUUUCUCCGGUGACACACACACCUUCUCAGACCCCUACCUCGACUAUUCACGUGACCACAUCACCUUUGCUUUCCAGACCACCAUUUCACACACAGCUUGAUUAAUACAGACUAGAUGACACACACACACACACAUUUCAUACAUGUUUGUCCUCUGCCUUUCUGAGUGUUCUUUGUCCGUAGCCUAGUUACAACACAUGGCGACACACUUAACAUGUUGAGCAACUUGCCAACAAUAGUCUCCAACUGUUUUUAAUGACAAUGCUUGUGAGAUUCUGUAUUUUGUCUUGGGGCAAUUUCAUAUUUAUUUAUUCAAAAAAUUGGUUCAAUUAUAUUAAAUAAAUGAUAUUCAAAAGGAAUGUAUGUCAGAAAAAAUACAUUAAACAUUUUCGUUAUUGAAUUUGUUGAGCACAUUAGAUGCAAGUAUGGAGUGUUUGUGUUCGAGUUACGCUUUAUAUCCACAUAAGCAUGGAAGUGAGGCACUUUCAUGUCCAUCAAGAGUAGUAUUUUCUGUGUCACUGUGAGGAUUUGUUGUGUUGACACAGAACCUGGGUGCUACGGAGAGAACGUGUUAACAGUCAUUCAUACAACUGUAGUUAAUGGCCGUCUGCGCAGAAUAGAGGCAAACAAGGCCAAGCAUGUUUUCACCUGAAAUUUGGUGGGGUUUUAGAUGUGGGACAUCUGUGGUCUUUGUUGGGUAAUAACUGGAUCUCUGGAUGUUGAAUGUACUCUUGAUGCAUGUAACAGUUGAAGGGCUGAAACCUUUCAGGGUGUGAAGUGCAUUGGGAACAGUGUCGUGAUUAUGCAAACACCUGAAUUCAAUUGAUUGAUGCCAGUUUUAGGCCAGUACUAGAGUGAGCUGCACUUGGACAUAGCACUGCCUCGAUCUAGGUAAUAUACUCACUACAAUGUGGGGGAAAUAUCUGAUUGUGCUUUUCAAGUCCAGCCUUACUUCAGUAUUCAGUGUUUUAGAUUUAAAUGUUAAAGAUAUGAAUGGUUUCCAGCAUUUAUGUAUAUUGUUUUUAUAUAUUGGAACAACGAACAGGAAACAAUCAAAAAUGUAACCAUUCAAUUAAAAAGUAUGUUGAUCUAAUAAUUACUAUUACAAGUGAAGAGAUCUAAAAUUGAUUGCACAAAUGGAGAAACAAAUGGAAACAAAUGGACUAAAAGUCACAGUUUUUAUUAUUCAUGGAUUCACAAACAAAGAAUAUUUCCUUUUAAUCCACCAACUGACUGUCAGGUUAACCUUGGAGCUGUGCUACUCGCAUCGCUGAAACCUACAAUGUCAACCACAAACAAAGUCCAUGAGUCAAGACAAUAAAGAGACUGAAACCAGUAGCAACUGUCACCAAGCAACUUAUUUACAGCUGUGACCCUGGCCUGGUUUUAGAAACCUACUGUUUGUUUCAGAGCAAUCACUUUCUGUGUCACAACCUUUUGCUAUUGUUAUGGGACACAUGCCUGACAGACAAGUGUCACUUGUCAUGGAAUUUAUCCGUCUUUCCUUGCAAAGCUGCUCCCGGGCUGCCUUGCCAAUAUCCCUCCUCUUUUAAAGCCCGUCCGAUCAAAGACCAGGCGUUUGGAUUGAAUGAAGGACUUUCUACUGCUGGUUUAGUCUCUGAAUGUAUUGUAGCUGGUGAGACAUCUGGUAUUAACAUACAUUCAUUCAGUAUUCAGUGUGAGAGUCAUUGAUGCUCCAGCUGUGUGUUGUGUUAGAGCAAAUAUAGAGAAUACGAGGGCAUCGAUACUGACGGACUGUACGUCACAGGCUUGGAGCAGCUGUGUCUGUGCUGCAGGGAUUUGACAUGUUGACUCCAGGUGUGAUAGCACUAGACUGAAUCCACUUUAUUGUCAGCAGACUAAUUGAGAUGAAACGAGUAGUAUGGCAGAGAGGAAAGCUGUGGCCUGCUCUGUUUUAGCACUACAUCAACAUGUGAUAUGAUGUAUGAGGUGGAAUCUACUGCAGCACUGGAGUGAAGAUGUAUGGUAUGGAUUUAUGGCUGUAGCACAAAUGUUUGUUUAAACUGGAGUGUGGAGCUGCAGCUGUAUACACACAAACACUCCCUCAGUCAUGUGAGCUGUAGGACACGGCAUACUAAUACUGUCUUAUUGUUUCUGUUCAAAAACCAAACAGACGCAGAAUAAUAACAUUAGGGUUAGGGUUACCACUGCAGCUUUAACAGAGAUUGUGUACAACUUCUUAGCUGCAACAGAGUUAGCUGUGCAUGUAUCUUCAGUCUAACCCAUUUACAUUUAAAAGAUAUUCGGAACGUCACACCAUUUCAGCAACAGAGAAGAAUAUGACUACUUCACAACAUGACGUCGAAACAGAGGCAGAAUAAUAACAAUUAAUCAACAACAAAGACAAAUAUCACUAAAAGCUAUGCACUGCAGCGCUGAGCAAAAGAAGAAAUUAAAGAGGUCACUCCUCAUUCUGCAACCACCUCCUGUCAUUCAACACCCUGCCAAUCUUCAGCCAGCCAGACCACAACACCACCACCUCCCCCCAUCCACCCAUCCAUCCACUCCUCCAAACCCUGGUCUUGCUCCAGCACUUAACAAGGAUUUAAUGUCAUCCAAUCAUCUGUCGGUAAAAACCAGAUCAGAGCGGUAAUACAGAGCAGCAGGUCCAGUCCCUGAUACCAAAGUCCUGAAAUAACAACAGCAGUAAAAGCAGCAUAAUCCCACAUUUACUGUAAUAACUCUCCAUUUCUCAGUCUCUCUCUCUCACAUACACAUGCACACAGUGCUUAGUGAAAUGAAAUCUGCUGUGAGUGAGGACACGAUGUGAUGCAGGGUCUCUGUGGUAAUGUGUGUACAUUGUGAGAUCAGUUAUUUACAAGAACUGAUGGUUUCCAUCACUGGUAUCAGCUUUGCAAAGAGUACAGGGUCUGUAUUUUAUAGCACUUUUCUGGUCUUGAUGACCACUCAACGCUGCUGUACACUACAGUUUUUUGCCAGUUUUUUGCCCGACGCUGCCAGUACAGCUGUCCGGAGCAUUGCGGGGUCACCUCAAGUGCCAAAUGAGAGGGUUCUGCCAGGAAGGACAUAGCAAUCUCUGUCAAAUAAAAUGUGCAGAUCUGCUGUGAGUCACAGAACAAGUACAUGUACUGUAUGUGAAACAUAAAAGUAUUUUUAUUAUCAGUUAAUUAUCAA